AGCCUUAAAUUGUGCAAACGUUCCUUUGCUGACAAAAGAGCCUGAUGCUGAUGCCUUACCUGUCGAAUACACGUAUCGUUGCUAUGUGAUGGUAAUGCUAGCCACCAGUAACUAUUCUAUUGGUUUAUUGUGUCGAACUUGUCGAAAUUUGAUUGGCUUAUCCUAUGCCACACAUUUAGUUCAAGUCGUCAACGUGGGUGAACAGCACAAAUAUUGUAUCAGUUUUAGUAUCAUAAAUCAGAUCCACUAUUCGAGGCAAUUCGUGUAGAUUAAUUAUUACCAAGACAAAAUGUUCAGAAACCUAAAACUACUCUUUUUUCUUUUGCUAAUUUUUGUGAAUAUUUGUAUAAUGAAAACGGAAGAGGUUCAAGAUGAUGCAGUUGAAGAUGAUAUCAAAGACGCGAAGAAGGUAGAAUCUGCUGAGCAAUCGGAUGAGCCAGCUACAGGGGAGUACACUGAUUCAACUGUAACUUCAAAUGAGGCAGACAACGGCAAGAAGGAAGACGAUAAAAAUGUCGUUACCUUGACUAAAGAUAAUUUCGAAAGUUUUAUUAAUGACAAUGAAAUCGUUCUUGUUGAAUUUUUUGCACCAUGGUGUGGACACUGUAAAAGUCUUGCUCCUGAAUAUGAAAGUGCAGCUAAAGUUUUAAAGGAGAACAAGCCACCAGUCCUGUUAGGUGCUGUGGAUGCCACAGUUGAAAGUGAUCUUGCAUCAAGGUUUGAUGUGUCUGGCUAUCCAACUUUGAAGUUUUUUAAGAAAGGUGUUGCAGUUGACUAUGAUGGUCCACGUGUCAAAGAUGGCAUUGUUGAAUACAUGAAAGAGCGUGCUGACCCAGAAUGGAAAUUACCUCCUGAAGCUGUUUUAACUCUCACCAAAGACAACUUUACUGAUAUAGUAAACAAGGAACCAUUAAUGCUUGUUGAAUUUUAUGCACCAUGGUGUGGACAUUGCAAGAAACUUGCUCCAGAAUAUGAAAAAGCUGCAAAAUCUCUCAAGAAUUAUGAUCCACCAAUACCAUUGGCUAAAGUUGAUGCCACAGUAGAGUCUGAUAUUGCAUCUAAGUAUGAUGUGACGGGAUAUCCCACGCUAAAAUUAUUCCGUAAAGGCAAACCAUCUGAUUAUAAAGGAGAGCGCAAUGAAAUUGGCAUCACGGAUUAUAUGCAAAGACAAGUGGGACCGAGCUCAAAACUUUUGCCAACAAAGAAAGCUGUUAUGACCUUUGUUAAAGAAUGGGAUGAUGUAGUAAUCAUGGGGUUUUUUGAUAAUGAAGAUGACAAGAUGUUGACUGAUUAUCUUGAAGCAAAUAAUGACAUUCGAGAUGAAUACAGGUUUGGACACACAUUUGAUGUCGACGCUAGAAAAGCAUUUGGCUUCAACAAAAAUACAAUUGCACUGAUUCAACCUGAAAAUUUCCGAUCAAAAUACGAGGAAAAGUAUGUUGUCUUUAAGGGAGAUUCGUCCAAGUCACAAAACAUUCAAAAGUUUUAUGAUGACAAUGUUGUUCCAUUGGUUGGACAAUUGACCAAUCAGAAUGAAGAAAAGCGUUAUAAAAAGCGUCCGCUCGUGAUGGUGUUCUACGGAGUUGACUUCAGUUUUGAGCACAGAGAAGGUACUCAAUACUGGCGAAGCAAAGUGGUUGAAGUUGCUAAUGAUUAUCGUGACUUUACGUUUGUGAUUGCUGAUGAAGAAGAUUACGCUGAUCGUUUGAAAGAUUUUGGUCUUGAUGAUUCUGGCGAGGAUGUCAACGUUGCUUUGUUUGGUGAAAAGGAUAAAAAGUACAAAAUGGAAGAAGAAUUUAGUGAAGACUCACUGCGAGAUUUUUUAGACUCAUAUAAAAAUAAUGAACUUGAACCUGUUAUAAAGUCACAGCCUGUACCUAAAGGAAAGAGUGGACCUGUUCAGGUUGUAGUCGGUAGUAACUUUGAGGAAAUUGUUAUGGAUCAAACGAAGGACGUUUUGAUAGAGCUUUAUGCCCCUUGGUGUGGACAUUGCAAAGCCUUGGAGCCUACGUACAAAAAAUUGGCACAAAAAUACAAGGACGAAUCGAAUCUUGUCAUCGCUAAGAUGGAUGCUACUGCGAAUGACGUUCCAGCGGAAUAUGAGGCCAGCGGAUUUCCUACUAUAUAUUUUGCGCCAAAAGAUAGCAAGUCCUCUCCUGAAAAAUACGACGGUGCCCGAGAAUUGAGCGAUUUUGUGAAGUUCCUGGAAGAAAAAUCAACUGUUUUAUCCAGUAAAAAGAAACUUAAGGAAGAACUUUAGUUUGAUGCGUUGGUGGAUUUACAUCGCUAUAAAUUCAAUUUUUACUCUGUUGUUCCAUUGCAAAUGUAAAUAUACGUAUGAAUAUACAAAA